AUGUAUGUUAAAAUCAUUCUCACGUCUGGUAGUAAAUUAUGCCACAAGGGCGAGUUGCUGGGAAUUACCACUAUUCACGGUAACGCAUCUCUCGAGAAUACAACUUAUAAUGCGCGGAGUAUUCUGGAAGCUAUAGGGCGUCCAGAUAUUCCAGUCUACCCUGGAAGUCCCAAGCCUUUUUCAAGACCUGCUUUGCACGCUCCCGAUAUUCAUGGCGAGUCUGGCUUGGACGGCACGGAUCUGCUACCAAAACCCUCGGUUGCCCCGAUAACCGACGAGAAUCCCAUCUUGGCAAUGAGAAAUGCGCUCCUGGCGCAACCCAAGGGAACCCCUUGGGUAGUUGCAACUGGAACUUUGACCAAUGUCGCGCUUUUGUUUGCCACUUUCCCUGAACUUGUAGACCACAUUCAGGGUCUGAGUAUCAUGGGAGGUGCCAUUGGUGGUGGCUUCACGGAUGCGCCCAUGAGCAGAUUACCUGGGGAGCAGUCUCGUAUUGGAAACGUCACGCCAUGGGCUGAGUUCAAUAUAUACUGUGAUCCGGAAUCAUCAGAGUCAAUCUUUAGUAACCCUGCUCUGGCAGCCAAGACCACAAUGGCAGCUUUGGACUUGACCCAUCAAGUUCUUGCGACUGAGACGGUUCAAACACGAAUCUUACACGGUGGAAAGGACUCUUCUGACACACCUACAAUCAUCCGACAGAUCCUGCAUGCCCUUCUUACAUUCUUUGCUGCAACAUAUGAGCAGGUCUUUGGUCUUGCAACCGGACCUCCAUUGCAUGAUCCAUUGGCUGUAGCGGUCAUUCUGUCGACGCUGAAUCCAAACUUUGCGUCGAAAUACCCAUUGGAGGCGUUGAACUUUGACGACCGAGGCGGCGAGCGAUUUUCUGUUCACAUUGUGACAGAUGGACAGCAUGGCAAGGAUGUUUCGAUCACUGGGCAGUUGGGUCGCUCAAUUGCGACCUCAGUCCCUGGCUCGGGCGUCACCAUCCCUAGAGGUGUUGACUUGGAUGCAUUUUGGAAGUUGAUCUUGGACUGCUUGCAACUGGCUGACGAGUGUAAUUCGAGACGUCAGUGA